AGAGAGAGAGAGAGAGAGAGAGAGAGAGAGAGAGAGCAGGCAUCCUCCUUUGCGGUGGCAUCAAGGUUAGCAAAGAGUGACAGGCAGCUUCCAAGUCUCCGCCCGAGAGGAAACGCGAGAGACAAAAAAGAGGAGGAAAGGCAGGCGCCCAUCAGGACACGUGACGUAGCCGCGGGAGGCGUUUCAGCUCAGUAAGGAAAAGAGUCACAAAAUCCCGCCGUGCCGCCGCCAGACAGCCAUGGGUGCGGCGCGGCGGCCCUCCCCGCACCUGCUGCUGGCGGUGCUCCUCGUGUCGCUGCUCCUCAACUGCCUCCUGCUGCUCCUUCGGCCAUACCUAGGGAGCAGGGCGCUCCUCCUGCCCUCCUUCAGGCCCCGGUGGGUGCCCCUCGCCGGGCCGCCCCUCGGUGACCCCGGCCGCGGCGAGGCGGGGGCGGGGGCGCCGGGCGGGGGCGCGUGGCUCCCGCACCUGUGCCCGCGUCCUCCGGGCCACUGGCGCGGCGUCCUUGGCACCUCCUCCGGCGUCCUGCGCAGGCUGUCCUGGACGCCGCCCCGCAACGACACCAUCUUCUUCCUGCAAACGUCCUGCGCCGCGGCCUUCACCGCCAGGGAGGCCUGUGCCGUGGAGAGCGCCGCCCGCCACCACCCUCGCCGCCCGGUGCAGGUGUUCCUCACGUCACCUGUCACCAACACCUCCCACCCGCUGCUGCAGGUCGUGGAGCGCGCGGCCAACGUGCACCUGUCAUGGCUGGACUUGGAGCAGGUGUUCAGCGCCCCGCCGCUCCGCCGCUGGCACCAAGCACGCUCCUGGAUGACGGCCUCCACAGGUUACAACGUGGCCGUGAUGGUGAGUGACGCCGCUAGACUCGAGUUACUUCGUCGGUUCGGGGGCACCUACCUCGACCUGGACUCCCUCACCCUCAGGCCCCUUCCCGCACACGACAACUACCUCGCCAGGCUCUCCGACAGACUCAUCAGCAACGGGGUCAUGUCCUUUCAGCCCGCCCACCCGCUUAUACAGAAAAUGGUAGCGGACAUUCCGAACACCUGGAACGGGAUGAGUUACACCAGCAUCGGCGCCGACCUUCUCACCCGCCACCUCCACCUCCUCUGCCCCCGCGCCCUCGCCAUCCCGCCCCUCCCCCCGCCCGCCCACCCGGAGACCUGCGGUGACGUGACAGUGUUCCCCGGUGACCUGUUCUUCCCCUUCAUCAACGGCACUGACCUCAAGAAGAUAUUUAUGGUUGAAAGAGGUUACGGGCCGGAGUUCACGGAGUCAUCUCAGGGUUAUGCGUUACACCUGUACAAUCACCUGACCAGCAAGGCGGCUGUGAGUGUGUCGAGGGAGUCUGUGCUGAGGGACGUGGCUGUGAGGCAGUGUCCGGGGGUGGUGGAGAUGCUGGCACAGAGAGAUCCCUUCCUGUGAGUUCCCAAGGUGAACAGACACGCUCUCCUGACCAGCAAAGCGGCCGUGAGUCUGUUAAUGGAGUCUGUGGUGAAGGACGUGGCUGUGAGGCAGUGUCCGGGGGUGGUGGAGAUGCUGGCACAGAGAGAUCCCUUCCUGUUAGGCCUCAAGGUUAACAGACACGUUCUCCUGACCAGCAAGGCGCCUGUGAGUCUGUUAAUGGAGUCUGUGGUGAGGGACGUGGCUGUGAGGCAGUGUCCGGAGGUUGUGAGGUUGCUACCACAGAGAUAUCCCUUCCUGUGAGUCCCCAAGGUUAACAGACACGUUCUCCUGACCAGCAAGGCGCCUGUGAGUCUGUUAAGGGAGUCUGCGGUUAGGGACGUGGCUGUGAGGCAGUGUCCAGAAGUUGUGAGGUUGCUGGCACAGAGAGAUCCCUUCCUGUGAGUUCCCAAGGUUAACAGACACGUUCUCCUGACCAGCAAAGCGCCCGUGAGUCUGUUGAGGGAGUCUGUGCUGAGGAACGUAGCACACAGACCUGAUCCGUUCUUCUGAUGCGUCAAGGCUCGCUCACAUACGCAUAACUGUUGUGCAUUGAAAUCUAAGAUGGGGCUCCGUUCCUGCGACCGGUAAUGACUCGUUCGUAUACGCAUAGUCACUGUUCUAGCUGUCAGGCGGCGGGUAGCGGGCUUUUUUUUUUUCACCCUUUUUUUACAACAAAGGAGACAGCUCAAGGGCACACAAAAAAAGGAAACAAUAAUCAAAAAAGCCCUUGAGCCGAAUCCUUUGAUGUAAAAAAAAAAAAAGACCCACGCGCGGUAACGGUUGUACGAAAUGGCUUGUGCAUCGAAGUCUGCUGUGAUGGAUCUUUUAGCGAAGUGGAAGCUAUAGUCAAGAUGUCCUCCACUUCGAAAUCCAAACAGCCAGAGAGUCUUACAUGGCCACUCUGUUAUCAGGAGUCACCAUCUAUAACUAUAUACCUCUUGUAACCUGUGUAUAUAUUUUCCACAGCCAUGGAUUUGCCUUGUAUAUAUUAAAAAAAAACGAGUCUACGGUUGGUGUUAUAAGACUCUUUCACUUCUCACAUCAGCUAUUUCUAAAGGUCAAAGAGGGGGUCAGUAGGGAUCUAAUGAGUGUUUCUUAAGGUUCGCGGUACAGAGGAAGGGUCACACUACCACCAGGGUCAUAAAACUACUCUUGGAAAUUCCCACAACGUCUACGAAAGGCUUGUUCAAUAUGUGUUCUUGGGAGGCGAAAUGUCACAAUACGAACCUGUAGUACGUUUCCUCGUCGUUCGUUGUUCUGGUACUCUGUCGGAGAAUGGCCACACUCUCCUGACCGCACAUUUGCAUUGCUUAUUUAAAAACAGAAGUACACAAAGUCUGCAAAAGCCCGGAGGUGGUGAGAGAGAGAGAGAGAGAGAGAGAGAGAGAGAGAGAGAGAGAGAGAGAGAGAGAGAGAGAGAGAGAGAGAGAGAGAGAGAGAGAGAGAGAGAGAGAGAGAGAGAGAGAGAGAGAACCAAAUGAAACGAAAUAAAAGCAAAUGGGAAGAAAUAAAAACAAUAAAUUAAAAGAUACAGUUGGAAAGAAUUUAUCAGAGAGAGAGAGAGAGAGAGAGAGAGAGAGAGAGAGAGAGAGAGAGAGAGAGAGAGUUAACACAGAUCAGCGGCCGAUAUUCUUUUAAUGUACUCUAUCCAAUUCUUUGUAUUCAUCCAAGACGUCUACUGAAGCGUUAAAAAGUAUCAACAAUUAUACAAGUGUUUACCGUUCAUACAGUUGAUGAGGUUUCGUAGGAGUGAAUAAGUGAGUCUUCAGCGCCCAAGAACACGUAUUUGACAAGGCUUUCGUGGGAGUUGUGAGCAUUUCCAGUAGUAGUUUUAUGACCCUGGUGGUAGUUUGACCCAUCUUCUGUACCAUGAACCUGAAGAAACACUCAUUAGAACCCGACUGACCCCCUCUUUGACCUUUAGAAAUAGAUGAUAUGAGAAGCGAGUGUCUUAUAUAAUACCGACCUAACAUCCCCGGGUAACUCAUUAUAGAGCCGCGGACACUCUUCUCAAAUGCUCUUAAACCCUGUCUCUCCUCUGUUUAGAAACGCUGUGCUGUGUUGUUUUGUGAAGGUUCUGGUGUGUAGUGUGUCUGUGUGGUUUGUCUAUUGCUUAGUUUGUGUCCUAUUGUUUGUACCAUUUCGCCUGUCUUGUGUGUGAGUGGGAUAUAUAUACACGUGUUAGCCUUUUAGUAUUACCGUUUUCUAUGUACAAGUUUAUUGAGAGCACCGCCAGAUAUAAGCGUAAACUAGUCUAGAGUCAGGUACUACAACUAAUAACAGACCCCUCGAUAACUCCCAAGAACCAGUAAAAGGAAGAGGAUUGAUUGAUUGAUAGUUUAUUGUUGCAAGUAAAACAACAAAGGGGAAGGGAGGAGCAUGCCAUCCCAACCCCCAGGCAGUACAGAGUGUGAUUGUACAACUAAGGAUAGGUAUACCACUCUUUACCCUUUCUAUUGGAUGUUAUAUAGAUUAAAUGAUCGGUUCAC